CACUCUACACAGAAAGUGAGGCUGUGCACAUGCUGAGUACUGGAGGAGAGGCUGAAGGACAUCCUGUUUUGUUUCAGCAGUGUUGUUAUUCUUUGGGCUGAAAUGAAGAAUUUGAUUCUGUUUUGGAAACAUAUUUCUGAUGCAACCGAACUUCAGUAACCUUUCUGCAGCACGGAUUUCAACAAAUUAUUUUUUUCCCUCGAACAAAGAUGCAGAACUUGUCGGUGGUAGAAAGUCUUGCUGAUACAGACAUAUCACACUGUGAGCCUCCCAAAGACCUGGCAGCUGAGGCAGGUGGCGUGUCUCUCGGUGGAAGUGACUGUAACUGCAAUGAAAGAACGAGUAAUGAAGAAAUUGUUAAUCUUGAAGCAAUGCAGCAAAGCCUCCCUGUAAUGAACAGCAAAGGGAGAAGUUGUGAGGGGUUUUCUGAGAGCAGCUUUAGUACCUCAGAACCCAGUGGCUCCUGGGGUGAUUUUGAAGGCUUCCAGGAGCCCUUAGACAAACCAGAAUUCAGUUGUAACCUUGAAGUUUUGGUGAAGUCAGCGAAAGCUUCUGGAGGCGAUGCAAGCAGCGGAGGCUGCAGCAUUUCUGCUGCCCAGGUGUGUGCUGAGCCAUCCCUGUGCCCGGGGAUGCAGGAGGCUUCGGGCUCUCUGAAUGAGGAAGACCACAGCUAUGAGGAGAUAUUUAAGUUGGGCUUUCCAGGAGUCUUUGUGCCACAGUCCAGAGAGUGCAUAAGAAGCUUAGAACAAGUUCUUGAUGCAAAUAAUGAAGAUAUUUGGACUCCUGAACUUUUGAAGAAUCAAUUUUGCAUGGAUUCUGGAAAUGUGUGGAGAGCACUCAGAGACUUUGAUAAUUCCCCCAGUUUAAGACAUCCCUGGAGUAAAUCUCAUUGCCAAGAAAACCUCUUGAGUGUUCUCGGAAUAGAUGCAAAUCAAAAGGAUGUUUCAGAGAACCAGGCUGAUAUUUUUGAGGAAGCAAAUGUCAAAGAUAAUGAGGACUUUAGAUUUGAUGGAUUCAGUGUUAAUGACUGCAAAGCAUUGAUCCAGACCAAGCUUUCUGUGUCACCAGACUCCAGACAUGGUCACCUUUUCAGCUGUAACCUCUUUUUGAAGACCACGUCAUCAAAUGAAAGCACACAGUGUAUAACAAUCCCAAGGAAGAAGCAGAUUUUUGCUGCACACAACCUAAAAAUGAAAUUUUUCAGUAGUGAUGUUUGUUGAACUGAAUGCAACUUUUAGCCUUUUUUUUUUUUCCUU